AAAAGUGUUGUGUGUUUUAGGAGUUUCAGUGAAAACAUUGGACUUGAAGUUUGAUUAGUGAAGAGAGAGAGAAAAAGAGAUAAACAUAACGACACUAACGAUGACUUUAUUUUGACAACAAUUUUAUGGUAUUUUCGACAAUUGUCUCGUCGGUCGUCAAAAUAGUCAUAAAUCGUAUCGUUUGUUGUCAACCAAACGGAUCAGUUGUCAUGUCGGCCACUAAGCCGUGGGUCGUGUUUGUGUUGGGCGGACCGGGAGCUGGAAAGGGGACACAAUGUGACCUCAUAUGUAAGGAGUUUGGUUUCAUUCAUUUGAGUGCCGGUGACCUCUUGAGAACCGAAAGAAAUACAGAGGGAUCACAAUAUGGAGAACUGAUUGAAACCCAUAUCCGAAACGGCUCUAUAGUUCCCGUGGAGAUCACGUGUAGGUUAAUUGAAAACGCCAUGAAAGCUACGGCCGUCCAAAACGGAUGUGGAGACCAAUUGAUGGGUAAAUUCUUGAUCGAUGGGUUUCCACGAAAUCACAACAAUUUGGAGGGUUGGCAGAAGGAAAUGAGCCAUAAAGUGGACCUCAAGUUUGUUCUGUUUUUUGAUUGUCCCCGUGAUGUUUGUGUUGACCGAUGUCUCAAACGUGGUCAGGCGGGCAGUGGUCGCAGUGAUGACAAUAUGGAGAGUCUACACAAACGAAUUAACACCUAUUUGGUCGAUACAAUGCCGAUAAUCAAGUACUACGAUAGCGUCAAUCUGGUCCGCAAAGUGGACUCUACCGAUCCUCCGCUUGAAGUCUUUGAACAACUUCGCUACCAUUUUGAGCAAUUAAAUUGAUGUUAAUAUUAGAUUAAUUGGAAAUUGUUUUGGAUCCGUGUCCGACAAUUGUUUUAAAUUUUAAUUUUGAAUUCAGCUUAAAAUAUACACUUUGAUUGUAACAAUACUGAUAACAACAACAAAUUCGGACAGUAAUUGUAAACCCAUUUAAAGACGUUUUAAACGUAA